CGCUAAAACGUUCACGUGAAAUUUCCGCAUUUGACAGCUGACCGAUCUUGGUAUCGUGUUCCCAGGAGCAGGUAUUCUCGUCAGUCAAGACGGUCAAUCGCCUCUGUGCUUUCCUCGUCCUCUUCUCAAUUUCAAAACCCAAAAUAAAUAAAGUGCGCGAGCUAACGAAAGUCGACAAACCAUACUAACAAAAUAAAAAACAGCGAAUGUACGCGAGUGUUGGCCGAAAGCAGCCGGAAGAGGAGGCAGAGGAGUACCACGUAGGUGGAGACCGAGGAGUCUAGAAUCAGUUCUUUCCUCUCCAGGACGAUUCAAGUUUUCUGAAUCUGUCACACGCGUUUCGUUCUUCCGAGUGUACUUUUUUAUAUUUAUUUACAAGGUACAAACAAAAAAAACGAUCUGCAAUCUUAAUAUAUGCAAAUUAUAAAUCAUAAUACAUAAUAAAAAGAGAAAGUAGAUUUUAUAUACUAAAUAUUUAUACAAUAAAUAUUAUAGCAUAACCUAUCAAAUAAUACGCGGUCUCCAUAUAACCUCUACUCCUAAAAAAAACCGUGCAAUGUCAAAUAAUCUCGCGAGUGACAUCUUCCCGGAGACGAAUCGGAAGGAUACGGUAGACGACCUCCUGGGUGCAAACUUCGACGAACAACCACCUCCGGUUUCCAAGGAGCCAAUAAAACGUGACCAGGACUCGACCGACGAUUUUGAGCAUCUCGAGCAAGAGUACUCAAAUCUCCGGGAGUCCCGGCCUCCGAACCUGGACGUGGCCACCAAGAACCUUUUGGAUACGAGUAUUCCGGCUUUUGAAACGGAUUUGCGUCCAGUACCGGCAACCCCGCCACCUUCCGCAAAUUCCGAGGAGAGUGAUCCCUUCCAAAGAGAUACGAAAACUUUGCCAAUGGAUCCCAAGGCCGCGUCCCUGGCCUUUGUGGAAACUGAAAGAGGAAUUGCUCGAGGAGAAGAGCUCGAGACUAAAAAUAAGGAGGAUCCUUUCGGAAAGUUCGAUUUUAAUCCUUCUCAGCCAAAGGAAGACGUUUUGCUUCCGAAGGACGCAGUUGAGUCCAAGGAUAGUUUCAAAACUGACCUGUUGAAGGAUUCUCAUGAUUUGGAUUUCUUGGAGAAGAUGGACGUGAAAAAGGAUGUGAAGGAGCAUAAGGAUGAGGAGGAUGACACGUGGAAUUUAGUUGGGAAGUCAAAGUUCGAUGAACCUCCGACUAAACCACUUCCACCUUUGCCAAAAGGAGCAGAAUUCGAGAGUCUUGAUCCUUAUGAGAAGUCCAGUGCUCAGGAUAAAUAUCAGAUGACAAGUGAAUUAUUGACGGAAGAGUCGAUGAAAAAGGCAGGACAAAGUGGGUAUGAAACUGGGGAUUCGGAAUUUGAGUCGGAGCCGGAACCUUCUCCGGCGAAAAGUGUGUCGAAGGGUAUCAAGACUGAGGUUCGCCAACCGGAGGAUAUUUGCCCUCGAGUGCCCGAGAGGAAAACGAGGGUGGUCGACGAGAUCGCGCCUAAGGAGAUCUUCGGGAACCUUGGACUUGAUGCAUGGUUUAACCCAGAAAGACUGAACCCGAAAGUGGCUGCUCUGAUUUACUGGCGCGAUCCCAAAAAAUCCGGAAUCGUCUUUGGUGUAAUUCUGGGAGUGCUUUUAUCGCUGGCCUACUUCAGUCUGAUCAGCGUACUUGCAUAUACAUCCCUUCUAACUCUCACCGGCACAGUAGCUUUUCGUAUAUACAAAGCUGUUAUGCAGGCAGUUCAGAAAACGUCAGAUGGACAUCCCUUCAAGGAUAUCCUAGACUUGGAUCUGACAUUACCCGCUGAAAGGGUGCAUGAGGUUGCAGAUGUUGCAGUUGCAAAUGCAAAUGCUGCACUCAGCGAACUGCGCAGGCUGUUUUUGGUUGAGGAUUUGGUCGACACUUUGAAAUUCGGAGUUGGAUUAUGGUGCCUAACCUACCUCGGAUCCUGGUUCAAUGGAAUGACGCUCGUAAUCAUUGGAGUGGUGGCCUUGUUUACGCUUCCAAAAGUGUACGAAACGAACAAAACCCAAAUCGACCAAAAUUUAGCUUUAGUACAAGCGAAGAUUAAUGACAUCACAGCUAAAGUGAAGGCGGCUAUUCCCCUCGGCAAGAAGGCUGAGCCUGCGAAGGAAGAAUAAAUGAGCUGCAGCGCAUACGUAAUUCUUGAAGAGUUGGCAAGUUAAGAGGGAAAAGUGAGAAGUGUUCUAGAGAGAUGGCUUUUUUAGCAGCGUACCAAUAAAUACGCUUAAAGUGCGUAUGAAGAAGGCAACGAAUACGAGACAUCGCGGUUGAUUCCGGCAACAACAGCCGUUUCGAGAGCGGGAACAGAAACUUUAAAAAUAGGCAGGCAAAUCAAGAUCCGAUUGAUGAUCGAUAACCAAUAUUCUGAAGUAAUGAAUGUCUGUCUAAAGUAAGAAAUAAUAAACAAGGGGAAAAGAAAAAUGUGUUGUAAAACGUAGCGAUUUAUUGAACCGUUUGGUUGGCAAAGAACGGCGAAAUAUUGUAGGGAAGUGUCUGCAGUCUGCAGCGUAAUUGAAAAUCGAUAUCGUUCCUUUUGAUAGAUAAAUCUCAUUCCUUGUUCAGCAUCAGCAUCCUCCUUUCGACGAUACUCAGCCCUUGAUCGAGAAGUGGCAACUAUUUUGAAGUAUUAACGAAUGAGCAUUAAACGCCCUUUUUCAAAACGAUCAGCGAGACAAGAAGAGUCUUUUGAGCCAAUAAUAUUGACUGUCCCACCUUUUUUUUUAUGUAGGACGGCGCCGAGAUGUUCCGUUUUGUGGCCAACGCAGAUGAUGGGUCGAUAAGAAAGGGAAAACAAGUGAGGUUUUGAGAUUUUGAGGGGAACACGAUGAUACAUACCGAUAGGGCUUGAUAUGAGCGCUUGACGGAGGUUGUUUCUUUUUUAUCGUUAGGUCUUAAGAUAUCGUCUAAUGUCCAGCGGUCCCUCGUGUUUUAGUUGUUAACGUAAAUAGAUAUUUAAAUAAUGAUAAAAGAAUAAAAUAAAGCGAAUAUACAAAGGAAGAUUCGUCGUAUCUGUCUCUUAACGAUGUUGAUUGCGAAAUAUUGCUAUUAUAUUAUAUAAUAAUGAUUAUUGUAAUUAUACAGCUAAUAUAUGAUUAUUAUUAUUACUAUUAUUAUUAUUACUAUAAUAAAGCGACAUCAAGUUAUAAAUAGAAGAUUAAUAAUUGGUAAAUGAAAGUUGGGUCGUAAUGAGGCGUUAAAACGAUGAGGAUGCAACUUUAUAUUAUAUUGUAACCUAAUAUCUUUCUUAACUAUUAUUACCAAAUCACGUGUUUUUAUCGAGACGGUGGCAAAUGUUAAGAACUCAGAUCGUAAUACCGCUUCUUGACGUUUUCAUUAUUGCAUCUGCAUUCGCACGAUUUAUUUAUAAAUAAAUGAUAUUAAGAAGAAAUCGU